CUUAGGCCCCAUUUUGAGUCCUCUUUCAGCUAGGCUAGGGGGAAGGGCACAGGCAGGACGGUGUGUGUGCCUGCAUGCAUGUAUUACUCCCUCGCUGCAGAUCCAACACGGCUCUUAGCACAGUAAAAGGCUUUCAAAUACAACCACUAAAGAUCCUGUUUCUGCAAACAGGCCAAGAGACACCAUUUUGAAAAAUGGCAGCAGAGGACGGUUUCAGCUACCUAAUGGCGGGUCACAGUGACAAACACCGGCGGGCCCCGAACUGGACCGACGGGGAAAUGAAAGCCCUCCUGUACGUGUGGGAGGAACACCACCCCGAACUGAAAAUGAGCAAGAGGAACGCCAAGGUUUACGAGAAGAUGGCCCAGAGGUUUUACCAGCUGACCGGAGAGCAGCGCUUCAAAGAGGAGAUCAAGAUGAAAAUCACCAACAUGUCAUUUCAAUACAGGCGACUGAAAGCCGUAGUUUGUGAAAGUGGGGAGACACCGGACUGGCCGUAUUUCAAGGCCAUUGAGAAGAUCCUCUCCAAGCCACUAGAGAACGGGCGUGUGACUUCUUUGGAGUUUCAGGCCUCCGGUGCAGGUCCCUCCACUUCCUCCCAGUCUACAGACAACCUGCUGCCCAAGUGCGAGGAGGCGGUGCUGGGAUUCCUGCCAGAGUACACAGGCUCCUCAGAUGAGAUGGAGAUAAAACAAGAGCUGGACUCUUUGAGCUCUGACAGCGAGACACACACGCAGGACUCCAGCUCCCACCCUACUUCAGCCAGGAAAAGACAUGCCAACAAGCAGCUGUCCAUAAAGAGGAAGAAACUGCGGGUGAUGCAGGCCAUGUUACAGCAACAGAGGAAGUCGAGCCGGGCCAUAGAGGAGACGUGCCGGGAGGUCCGUCGAGCCAUGCAACAACAGAACCUCCUGCAGGUGCAGUGUCUGCAGCUGCAGGAACGUAUGAUGAACCUUCUCGAGAAGAUGAUCCAACCUCCCUCCGCCACGUCAGCAUCAUGGGGUCAAAGUGGGAUCAAAGAACCAGUGAAACCAUGAAGCGUUAGGGUGGCCGGGGAGAGAUCAUGGUCUUGCCUCACUUAUAGCCUCGUUGAAGCAAGAAAAAUAAUAACAUUUAUUUUGGGUUUCAGUUCAACACAGAACAUUUUAAAGGUUUAUCAUUUUGCGUAUGUCAAAGUAUAGCUCUUAUCAGUGCAGAGUUACAAAAAAUGUACUGUCAUCAUUUCUGAAAGUGUCCUCAGCCUGCAUAUCAUAAGUGGAAUGGUCCAUGUUAAUAACCAUAAUGACAUAUGCUGGCAUUUAAACAUUUAAUGUAUGUUAAGCCCCUAUGUGGGCUUUUAUUGUAGGGAUAGCUGUAUCAGAUCUCCUGUCGUGAUAAUUUGUCAAGUAUCCUAUUAAAAUCACUGUGGGAACAACAGCGUUGCAAAAAAAAAAAAACUUAUCUUGUUACUUUUUCACUGUGCCAGGAUAAUUACAAGUUGAAUAACGUUAAUGCCAAAACAGGACAAUUUGUAGUAUUAAGAACCAGAAGUUGAGGCAAUAAUGAAGGGAUUGGAAAUGUUGUCAACAAAUGACAACAUGACCGGCUGCAGCCCACAGACAUGUCUAUUUUGUGAAUCUUAUUUAGCUGCAAUAAAUAAAAAAUCAUACAAUUUUUGAGUCCACUGACUCAUUUUUAUAUUUCA